AUGCAACAACAGCAAUUGGAACUGGAGCCGCCGCCGCUUUCAUCAGCAGUAAGCGCUUCAAGUUUGUCACUGGCGCACCAUCUGCACGCGCAGCAGCAAGCAGAAAAUGGCGGCGGCGGCGGCAAUUUGCACAACGGCAACGGCUCUCUGCAUGGGCAGUCGCUUGAUGGCAGCAACAGCAACGGCGGCGUCAGCAUGCUGCACAGCUAUGUGAAUGGGCUGAAUGGCGGCCGGCCAAGCCCCACGGCCUCAGGCUCCUCGGGUGGCAGCCGCAGCUCGGCGCACUCAAUGCCGCUGCCCUCGCACUCGCCAGCGCUGCAACAUCACACAAACGGCGGUUACCUGCAGGCGGCCAGCUGCGCCUCCGCACUAACAGCCACCGCAACGGCGGUAGUGUCGCCCGCCAUCAUGGGGCGGCUGGGCGGCGGCAGUCAGAAUGGUGGCCUGGCGGACGUAAACAACAGCAGCAAUGGCAGUGGCAGCGGCAGCGACGGUAUAGGCUUUGGCGGUCCAUUGGCGCUGCUGCACCACCAUCACCAGCAUCACCACCACUUGGCGCCUCAUCAUCACCACCACCACCACCACCCACACUCCAUAACGCAUCAGCAUAACCAUCCGCACGACGCAUCCGUUGGACUGUUGGAUAUAUCCACAUUGUAA